AAAGAAGAAGAUAACAGCUCUACGUCAGUGGUGGUGUAGUCUUCGUGGUAAUAUCUCAGAGACUGUUUUGGCGUGAAUCCAGACAAUUGGAAAAGCAUCCUAACCUAAAAAAAGAAAAGAAAGAAAAGAAAAAGAAAUGAGAAAGAUAUAAAGUAAUGGAUUGAGAAAAUGAUUAGAGAAUUCUUCUUCUCAUUUUCAAAACAAUCUCAAAAGCUUUAAAAAACUUUGUUAAUUUAAAAAAAAAAAGAAAAAAGCUAAAAAAAGAAGUAAUCAACAAAUAUGGCUGAAAGAAGUAGUAACAGAUCAAGAAGAAGAUACUAUAAAAGACUUACGAACUUAUCGAAACUCUUGUUUUUGCAUCGACCCUAAAUAAUAAAAAUAUUCCAACAAUUUAAAUUAAUAUAAAAUUUAAAUAGAAAUAUAAAAAGGGGGUGGGAUAAUAAAAAAUCCUUUUUUUAAAAAGAUUAAGAACCUCGAAGUGAGCUCCGAGCAAUUGGCGUAAAAAAUCGUCAGUCGCUCAAAAGCUACAUAGAGGUUCGAUGAGAACUAAUCCAAGAUUUGGUGCAUACCGAGUGUACGUGAAAAAAUCCUUGGCCACGACGUCCUCCGUGGUAUCGUCGGUGGCCCGCCGAAGAGGUCAUCCUCGGCAGCUACUAUAACGGCUACUACGGUGACGUCGGCCUCAGGGACAAUGUUACGUUCACCUGCUCGAGUUGUACUCCAUCAGGAGGGGGGAAACAACGUAACUUCAGGUGUAUCAUCGUCCUCAUCGACGAUGUCAGCACCUGCCACUCCUGUUCAUUACGGUGGUGGUGGUGGUGGUGGUAGUAGUAGUACAACAACAACUACCCCAGCAAGCUCAUCUUCCCGACUUUCCCUUCUCGACACCUGCCACAGGAAAAUCAGGCUCUUCGGUGAACUCGUCGCAAAAGCCCGACGAAAGGAGAAAGAUGCGGGUACUACAGAAGAUCCUAAACUCUAUUUGGAGGAGGCGGCUUUAGAAAGACAGCUGCCCGAAUUGGAUUUAAGGAUGUUAGUUGAUUUGCCACCGGGUUUGGAUUAUAACGAGUGGUUGGCAUCACAUACCCUCGCACUGUUCGAUCAUAUUAAUCUCGUUUAUGGCACUAUAUCUGAGUUCUGCACUAUGACUGGUUGUCCAGAUAUGACUGGUCCCGGCCUGAGGACGUAUUUAUGGUUUGACGAGAAGGGUAAAAAAACGAGGGUAGCAGCGCCACAGUAUAUAGAUUAUGUUAUGACAUUCACACAACGCACCGUUAGCGAUGAAACUAUAUUUCCUACUAAAUAUGCGAAUGAAUUUCCAAGUUCGUUCGAAUCAAUAGUGCGUAAGAUCCUGCGGCUACUGUACCACGUGGUGGCACACAUUUACCACUGCCACUUCCGAGAGGUGGCACUCUUGGGGUUGCAUGCUCACCUCAAUUGUGUAUUUGCUCACCUCACUCUCCUUAAUCAACGCUUCAAUCUUAUCGAUCCGAAGGAAACGGAAAUCCUAGGAGACUUAGAGGCUGCUCUCUUGGGUGACUCAUCAUCCACGCCUUCGCAAACUUUAGCCAUCCAGGAGACUCCGACGACCACAAACAGCUAGAUGAUCACAAUGCACAGCAUGCCAGAGGUUGCAGUUCCUGAGACUAGGUGACGAUAGGCGGUUUGGUUUUGGUUUCUUAAAAAAAUAAAAAUAGAAGAGGAUAUUACGUGAAAAAGAAAGUUUACACAAAUGGGAAAAAAAA